UUUCCAUCAAAAUUGAAUGAAAUGUAAACUGCCAAUAUAUGUUUGUAUUACAUGGGUAUUUUAUAUUCAUAUCUUCAAUACAACACAUUACUUGUUUAAUUAUAUGUAGUCGAUUUAAGAACUAACUGAUUUAGUCAUAUUUUUCGGUACAGCACUAACUUACUAUUCCGUUGACAACGUGCAAGCGAUUGACAUUUGAUUUACAAAUUCGUUGAAACAGCUGUGAACAAUCGUCGUUCUCUGUUAUUUACAAAAUAUAAAUAAUUCCUUGAGUUCUCGAAUCGUUUUAAUAACUUUUCUAAUAAUAACUGGCUGGUUUAGUUAUUAUUUAGUGACACAUUCAGUUAAGGUUUAAGAAAUGAGUUCGAAUAUGAGUCAUUAAUUAAACAGUGUUUUGCGCUGUUAUUCAAUUCAAGGCUGCGGCAAUAAAGAAACGUUUUAGUGAAUAUAAUGUGUAGUUCGACAUAAUGGUGGAAGAUAAUGAUCGCGGUUACGGGAGGACCGCCAACAAGAGCACUUUAUUGAAGAUCGUGAUUUUAGGAGAAGGUGGAGUGGGGAAAUCAUGUUUGAUGAGCAGGUUUAUAUCGAACCACUUCGAUGAUCACAGUUUCCACACGAUUGGAGUUGAGUUUAUGAACAAAACUAUCGAAGUUAAUGGAAAACCAUACACAUUGCAGGUAUGGGACACAGCCGGCCAGGAGCGCUUCAAGUCUCUCCGCACACCGUUCUACAGAGGUUCAGACAUCUGCAUACUAGCAUACGCUAUAGAUGACCGCAGCUCCUUCAACAAUAUCAAGAUGUGGCUCAACGAGUUCCUGCAUUAUGCGGGAGUCAAGAACGGCAUUGAUAGAUACCCGUUCAUGGUUGUUGGGAAUAAGUCAGACGUAUCGUCAAAAGACAGGGAGGUAUCCUACGACCAGCUGAAGCAGUGGUGCGAGGAGAACAAGAUCGCGACCUAUAUCGAGACUUCCGCGAAGAAUGACAAUAAUGUCGUGGAAGCCUUCUCUAUGGCUGUACAGAGAUGGGUAGAACUAGAACAGAGAGCAGAGAAGGAGUUAGGCAUGCUCCACCACCCUGACACGGUGACUCUUCACGGUUCCACCACAGCAUCAAGCAUUAGAACCACAUGUUGCUCCCGAUUCAGCGAGGUAUGAGGCUAACGUGCUUAUCUCAGGGUCUCAUCAAAUGUGAGUGAUUGAGGUAUGUUGAUUAUAGCGGAUUUUUUGGUCAUGUAUUUUGGAUACUUUUCAUGUAAGGAUUAAACUUAAAAUGGAUACUUGCUCCCGCCAAAGGUAUCCACCCGCGUCCAGGAUAAAAGUAGUGCAGAGUAAUUCCCAUACGAUGCGGGUGGUACCCUUGGCAGAUACUGGUUAUGUUACGAGAUAGAAAUGGUUGUAUUGACCUUCUAUGUAGCUCUAUCCGUAUGUGAUUUAGACUUUUUCUAAUUCCCAAUCAGGAAUAUUCCGUAUUGAUUUUAGCGCAUGUCGAAAAAAAUAUAUCUUAGUCUUGCCUUUAUUGAAGUUUAGCGAGUUUCGAAUUUAUGUCUACCGCGACAAUGUUGAUAUUUCCUUGGCAAGGAGUUUCAAUGGACCCUUGUUUAGAUUUAUUAGAAACAUGCAUAUUAAAAUCAAUUUGAGAAGUUGAAUGGAGUUUUCAGUCAAAACCCUGCUUAAGGGUAGUUUAUAAUAAAGGCCUAAGUGCCUUUCUUGCUGUGAAAGAUGUUUAUAGUUAUUGUACUGUAAAACAGUCAUUUGGUGCAAAAAGUAAAUGUUAAGCCAGGGAUCUCCUUAAACAUACUUUCUGUCCGUUAUCAACAUACCUCUUUCACGAUAAAAUCUAGUAAUUUACGGUAUUACGUAAUUUUCUACUACGUCAUGGCAUGUGAUAAACUAUUCUAAAUCUAUAACGUUUUUCCAUGUAAAUAAUGUUAUUUUUUAUUAUUAAUACAUCGGAUUGAAUAGGAAGCAAAGGCACCAAUGUUGAAACGUAGUUUAGUUUGCACUUAAAAGUUAAUUUUUAGGCACUGUUUAAAAAUAUUUACUUAAAAAUUUUGAUGUUAAAAAGUAUACUUAGAUAUGUUUCCCUUAAUUCAAAGGAUGUCUGGAUAAAUUGGACUUAAAUUAUAUUUAAAGAAAUAGUUUUAAUUGCGUAGUUUAAACAGUUUUUUAAAUAUACUAUACAUACAUAGUAUACGUAAAUUAAACAGAUAUCUAAAUCUUAUAACAUUCAAAAUUGUCAUUUGGUUGUGGGAUUGCUUUUGAAAUGCAGAAAUAUGGAAAGAAAGAACAUUCCAGUAUAUUUAAGUUACAAUAUAUAAUAUAUACAUGUUUUAAUUUGAGUUAUAUUGUAUACAAAAUCAAAAAAUAAUUGUUGGUUUUUGAGAAGAAGAUACUUACGUUGAGUUUACACCAUUUCACUAUAACGAUAACAGCAUUUUCAGUUGUCAAAUCACCGGUUUGACCAAUAGGCGGCAAGUAUAAGUCUGGUUAUGGUUUGGUUAUCGUUAUAGUUAAAUGUAGCAAAUCACCCUUGAACUUUUUGUUUGGUUUUUAAUCAUAAAAUACUUAUUUUAUUUUUGUUUUACCCUUAAAAGUGACCCUGUAUGUAAGUACCCCUAAAUAAAAAAAAUAAAGUCAGGUUGUCAGUAUAUUUUCUAAUUCCAACAGAAAACCAAAGAUGUAUCAAAUGUGUUUUUUUAACUAUAAAUAAACCUAGAAAUUGAAUACUCUACUAUUUAACUAACUUUGAAGCUUAAAAACGAUGUUGUUAACUCGGCCUAAAUUACUGUAAAUACUUAUUACUUAAAUUUAUCUGUAACCUAAAAUAAUAAUGCUUUAGUAUUACCAGAGUUGUGAAUUGAUUUUUUAAUGCUUAAAUAUACUUACUAUUUUCUCAGGAAUAAAGACUUUUUGUAAAACUUGUUCUAUUUGAAAAAAAAAAACUCAUGUAGUUGCCGUCCUUUCUAGUGUUGAGUGAAAUUGAAAAAAUUGGUUUAGAGUUCACAUAGCCGUAAAAUAUGGUAUUUUGGUCAAUGCAACGUCAGGGAAGUCCUAAGUACAAUCGGAAGAGAAAAUAGAUGGUGUGAACACAGCCUUACAGUUUUGAUACCAUCGUAUAUUAUGUAUUUCAUGCUUUGUCUACGUUUUUAUUAAGCUUUUUAAUAUACUUAUAUGUACCUUAAAACAUAAACUGUAAAAUCUAACUAUACUUUGAAAUCUAGGACCUUUUCAAGCAUAUCCAAAGUAAUUGUUAUAGUAUUUAAUCACCAUUCAUAUUUGCAUCGUCAUUGACUUUUUAUGUAAAAGUGUAUUUGUAUAUUUUUUAGAAGCAUUUUAAAGGUUGUUUUAAACCCAUACGUUAUUUUCUCAUGGUCAUAAGUCAGAUAGAACUUAUAUUAGAUACUUUGAGUAUAUACUAAGAUAUAUAUGUUUUACUGAUUUAUAUAUUUUUUAAACCAAAGGAACUUUAAAAUUUUGCUGUGUUAGUGCUUAUACAAAAAGUAUCGAAUGUAAAUUGCUGUUGACUUUGCUCUAGUAUAAUACAUACAGUAUUUCAAUAUUUUGUAGAAUAAAAACUAUAUAUUGUAGUAAUUUUAACGCUGAUUCUCACUAAGUGCCUAGCUUUCUGGUUACCAUAUUGUUAAGCGGUAAUGUAAUAUAAAUUAUUGUUUUACAAUCGAUAUUAAAUUUCUCGAUGACAUGAAUGUCUUAUCGAUAACAAUUUAUUUAUUUUGGUGUUGUGAACAUUUAAAAAUCGUAUUAUACUAUACGUGUAGUGUAUACUUAAACUGAAUUGGUAGCUAGCCUGAAUUAUUUUUCCAUUGAUAUUAAUUUUAUUUAAAAAAACAAUGUUGAUCAUUUAUUAAUCCACGAAAAUGGAAUUUAGAGCUUUAGUCAUUCACUCAUGUAAAAUUAAUUUAUAAAAUCCCUUACAUAGUGUUGUUUGAUGUACUUCUUUAAAUUAAAAUUUAGUAUUGGUAGAUAAUAUUGGCGUAUAAGUCUCUGAUUAAUUUUGCCGUCUCGAAAGUCUACCUCAAUGGGUGUUAUUGAAGUAGGAUUAUUUAUGUAAAGCUAGUUUUGAUGGCCCAACCUUUGGAAUGAAAACAUUUAUUGCAAAAAUGCUAGGCAAAGCGGAAUGUUUACUUACUUCUGUUUAAUUUAAAUUAUUUACUUGUACUUGCCUAGAAUGAAAAAAGCUAUGAAUCUCAAUGAUUAUGUUUGAAAAAUCAUUAUCGCUGGUCUCGUUAAUAUCUUAUUCAGAUGUAUUUUAUUCUCAUUUUGAACUUUUAAGUCGCCAUUGGAUCGGGAGCCAUGUUAAUAUUAUAGUUUUAAAAUAAUGCACAUAGAGAGGUGGCGUGCGUUUGUGAAUAAGAUUCACUUGUCAAAAUGUAAAAGUUAUUACAAGCUUGAUAUUUUACAGUCAUGGUACCUAUUACCUAAUAAAGGGUUUGAAAGCA